AUGGAGCAGCUAUCCACCGCCAAUAAUCACUUCGCCCUGGACUUCUUCCGUGUUCUGAGUGAGAAGAAUCCCACGGUAAACAUCUUCUUCUCUCCCUUCAGCAUCUCCUGUGCAGUGGCCAUGGUCCUUGCUGGGGCCAAGGGCAGCAGCGCAGCACAACUUUCCAAGGCAUUUCAUUUCGAUAGUAUUGAGGAAAUUCAUUCAAAGUUUCAGUGUCUGAAUGCCAAAAUCAACACACGUGAUGCCUCCUACAUCCUGAGACUUGCUAAUAGGUUAUAUGGUGAGAAGACCUAUCACUUCCUCCCUGAUUUCUUGGCAACAAUUCAGAAAAUCUAUGGGGUUGAUCUGGCCAAUGUGGAUUUCCAGCAUGCCUCUGAGGAGGUGAGGAAGGAGAUAAACCAGUGGGUCAAAGACCAGACAGAAGGGAAAAUUCCAGAAUUGUUAACUUCAGGUAUGGUUAACAACUUGACUAAGCUCGUGCUGGUGAAUGCCAUCUAUUUCAAGGGGAAGUGGCAGGAAAGAUUUCUGGAAAAGUACACAACUGAAGAACAAUUCCAUUUGAAUAAAAAAGACAAUAAAAUGGUGAAAAUGAUGUAUCAGAUGACAAUAUUUCCAUACGGCUAUAUUGAUGAAGUAAAGUGCCAUGUGUUAGUACUGCCUUAUAAAGACAACGAACUCAGCAUGGUCAUCCUGCUGCCAUGUGACAUUGAAGAUGACUCCACAGGUCUGAAGAAGAUUGAGGAACAGCUGACUUUGAAUAAACUGAAUGAGUGGAUCAAUUCUAAUAAUUUGAAGGCAGUUGAAGUCAAGGUCAGCUUGCCUAGGUUCAAGCUUGAAGAGAGCUACAAUCUCAACUCUCACCUGGCCCGUCUGGAUGUGCAGGAUAUAUUUAAUCCUAGUAAGGCAGAUCUGUCUGGCAUAUCAGGAGCAACACAUCUUUUUAUAUCAGAAGUUGUUCAUAAAUCCUUUGUGGAAGUAAAUGAGGAGGGUACAGAAGCUGCUGCUGUCACAGGAAUUACUUGCUGUGAUUGCAGUUGUCGUCGACAAGUUCCGUAUUUCAAUGCCAACCAUCCAUUCCUUUUCUUUAUCCAACACAAUGCUUCAAAGUGCAUUCUCUUUUUUGGCCGAUUUGCUUCUCCAUACUGA